GAACUUGCUUUGCAGGCUGAGUAGUUCUUCUUUCAAUUGUUAUUGUCGCUUUAAAAAAUCUUUAAUUCACUUAAACUUCGUCUUGGCCGCGUCGAAAGUGGGAGAAAAGUGCUUUUCUAGUCGGAACAUGGAACUACAAGGCCUGCAAGAGGCGCUGAAAGUAGAAAUCCAAUGUCAUCAGGAUGGAGAGCUUAAGAGACAGCUGCACGACAGGCAAACAAGAAUAACAGCCCUGAGCGAUAAACAAAAUCAGACGUUGUGCAAAGGCCUCAAUGAACUUCAGAACGGACAGAAGCUGGCGGUCAGAAGUUGUCCUGUAGGGACGACUAAGCCGCUGUCUCUCAUCAAGCCUCCCGGCCAGGGCAUCGCCAUCUCCGUGGUGCCGGCCAAGGCUCCCGUUUCCAUGGUGACCGCACACAUUAACGGACAGAAGGCGGCGAGCUCGGAGCCGCUGCAGACGUCGCCCAUCAACCUCCAGACCGCCGGCAGGGUGGCGGCAGCCGGAGUCCACCCGUUCAGCAGCAGGAGAGCCGGGGAGCUGCCUCCCUCUCAGAUGCUGGGAACUCUCACUGCUGUGCCCAUCAAGGUGCCUCAAGUCAGCUCCCUGCACCGGCUGGCAGGACAAGCAGCCACUGUGCUACCUCAGGUCAGGCCAAAGACCCAGAUCCCGGACAGCCUUCCCCACAGUCCCUGCCAGGACCUGCAGCCUCUCAGCCUGCAGAGGGCCACCGCCGUGGUCAGUCCGAAGAGCCAGGGCCCCACCCUGCCCACCGCCAACAGCACCUUCAGUCCCGACCACCAGCCCAACGGCCAGAGCGACGCCUCUCCGCCCCCCGCCCCGACCCACGGCCCGUCGGGAGGCCCGGACUCCGGCGGCCCGGCACAGCACGCCUCGGCGGGACCUGGCGUGGCCUACGCCAUCAUCGCAGCCUCCCCCGCCACCGGCAACGGAGUGUCCGCCGUCAGCGAGGCCGUCAAGGUGAUAAUAAUCCAGCCGCAGGCCCCCAGCAGCUCGGAGGGGUCCCCGGGGGCCCAGGCUGACCUCCCGUCACAGGAUGCCCCGCCCACCCUGAAAUCCCCGUCCCAGAAGAAGGACGAGGACCCCGAGAAAAUCGCCUUCAUGGUCGCCCUCGGCCUCGUCACCACAGAACACCUGGAAGAAAUUCAGACGAAGCGACAGGAGAGGAAGAGACGCAGCACAGCCAACCCAGCCUACAGCGGCCUGUUCGAGCCAGAGCGUAAACGCCUGGCAUCACAUUACCUGAACAGCUCGCUCUUCCUGUCUGCACGAGACACUGAGGAUUUCUGCUGGAAGGACGACUUGGAGCAUGACGACCACUGUGCCAUCUGUAAGGAGGACGGCGAACUGCAGCCCUGCCACAACUGCCCCCGAGCCUUCCACCCCAACUGCCUCCAGCCGCCGCUCAAAACCCCGCCCAGAGGCCCCUGGUACUGCCCCAAGUGCCAGAAGAAGGUUCUGAAUAAGGAAAACCUGUCGUGGCCACAGAACUUUGUUCAGUCCUACGUUACACACAAGACAGUGAGACAGGAGGAGAAGCGACGGCUUCUGAGAAGAAACAACGAGCUGAAGAAAGAGUGCGCCAGCCUGGAGGAACAAGACAAGCAGCUCAACAAGACGCUCAAACAAUGUAUGGACCUGAGAGAGAGACUCCUGGGUCAGCAGAGAGACACUCAGGCGUCGCUCGACCGCCUCAAAGCUCUCAUCAGGUUGAUCCAACGCGACCAGCUCAUCCAGGUCACCGUGACGACCACCACCACCAUCGCCACCUCCCUGCUCUCUCAGUCCUGGAUCAAACCCACCAGCACCGCCGCCCCGGGCCCCUCGGCCACGCCCCCACAGAAGAGCCACGCCCACAGCCAGGACAACAACGACAACUAGCCCCGCCCCCGGGAGCCCCCCCACGGUGCUCCGACUCUUUUAGCGAAACGUCGCGGGCAGUGAUGAUUUGUUUCGUCUGAAUAAUUUCAAACAUCUUUUCUGCGAGAGCUGAAAAAAGCCAGACACUGAGAACGAGCCUCGAUCCUCCACUCGAUUCAAGUAUUUUUUAAAACCCAACACCUACAGUGCUUACGAGAUUUCUUUUUUAAGUUAUUUUCUAUUUAUUAAUGUUCUUGGCCUUAAUGUAUUUAUUACAAAAAGUUAGAGGACAGAGCCGCUGCAGGAACACGAGCAGGUUUUUCUGCGCGCUCCUAAAGAUGUUUCCCUUUUUUAAACACAGGUAUAAUUAUUGUUCUGCAUAUAGUGAGAGAGAACGGUAGAGUUAGACGUAGUUACAGAAAACACAGAGCGAUGGAAGAGAAAGGACUGUACAUUGAUAUAUCUGAGUAGAUGUUUGUUCUCAUUCUCCUAUGAACAAUGUUUUUGCCAUAAUAAUUCAGGAAGAUGUUUUCAUGGUGUAUGUAAACGCGUUCGAGCCUUCAAACAAAAACAGAGAAUAACUUUUUUUCAGUAUUAAUAGAGUUAAAGUCAAAGAAAAAAGUAUUUAAGAUAAAACUACAGAAAUUAGCAUUUCUAGUGGAGAUUUUAGUAUUUUCAUGCUGAUGCCUGUUGAUAAAUGUAAGUUUGGAGUAUUCAAGGGGAUCACUGUACAUACGUUGUAUUAUUAUUAUUAUUAUUAUUAUCAAUAUCAUCAUGGCAGGUUUUCAAAUUUAACAGGAGUCACACACCUGUUCACCUGUUCACCAGCAGCACAAACACGAAUCUGAGUGAAGUUUUAAAAAAGUUCAUACAGAGAACAACAGGAAACAUGAACUGAAUCUUUUCAUUUUCUCUGUUUGUAAAGAGUCCGGAUGGAGAAGCAGCCGUUUACAGAUGGAAACGUUUGGUCUCUGUCGGAUUGUCCUGUUUGUGCUGCUGAUUUUCAGCCACAGGAAACAAACAGCUGCACACCAACACGUGGAAGGACGCGCGAGUCCAGUCCACGUGCGAUGCAUCCAUUCAGUCCCUGUCCCCCUUUAACCAGUAUAGAAAAUAUGCCAAAAACUCUUUGUUUUUGUACUGGGAUCGUUCAUCUAUCGAUAAUGUCUAUAGUGCUUUUUUUUCCUCCCUGCCUCUUUUAUAUUUUUGGCUUUGAAGCUUUUUUUACUCGUGAUGUUUGGACGUUUUAACGGUGAAUGACAGAUGAACACUGCCUCAAGUACAAACCGUCUCAAACCCAGGGUUUCCGUCUUUGUUGCGUCAUCAGAAACGGGACAACUCUGUCCAGCUGCAACAACGCUGUCUGACUGUCGGUGGACCGCGGGACGAGGACGCCGCGUCCCGCUCGGUCCAUUUAUCUCGCUAGUCUUCCUGCUGGUCCAGAGAGGUUCCGUUUAAAACACAGAUUUAGUUUUUCUUUAACUUUUCAUCCUGUACUCACCGAACAGCCGAGGCUCCGCCACCGCCAGUGCACAAACAGGUCAGAGGGAGAUGCCUCUAUCAGGAGAGAGGAGAGGAUCAGUGAAGGUAGAAACGAGAGGAGGGGACUUUCUUUCUUUUCAUCAGUUCAUCAUUUCAUCAUAUCCACACGUGUUUGGUCAAAGAGCGAGAAAAAAAAGUGACGCCAGAGCAGCGACACGGCGAAGCAAACGUUCAAACCGUCUGUACCGGAUCAAACUCACGAUCAAACUUUCAGGAAAAUUCUCGUUUGCAGCCGAAGAAUCAAACGUACGUGAAGCACGCGGAGGCGUCAGGUGUGUCGGUCCGUGUCCUCGGUCCGUGUCCUCAGUCCAAACACUUCCUAUCAGCUGUGGAAACCACAUCCUGUUUGUUUUCCUUCACACUGAGUUUGAUCUUUAUUUUACAGUUUAUCAUUCUGCCAAAAUAUUGUUUACUCUUCACACUGAAAACCAGUUUAAAUUAAUAAAUCAAGUUACAUUUUCUGUUUUUCCAAAACAUUUUCAAACUUUUGUUCAGUCAACUAAAAGUCUGAUUUUUUUUUUUUUUUUUAAGUUAAAUGUUGUUGAGUGUUGAACUCUGCCCAGCAACAGAUUUAUCAUGAACCUCAUCAUGAAACAGGGAACGCUUUGGACUCAGAGCACAGACCGAACAGAGCGAACAGUCACGCUGCUGUUGAUCAGAGCACAGCCCGGUGAGGAGGGGAACAAUCCUGCAGCAGCAUGAUCCCAACAAACCUGGAGAUUUAUUCUGGAUCUGACUUCACUCAGAACAUUAAACUGCAGAAGCAGCACUUUCAUCUCCAAACACUAACACUAAUACUUCAGGUCAGACGGUUUAAGAAUGAAAAUGAUCAAUUACCUUUUCAGCGCGUGGAGCCCGGACGCUCCCGGGUUCUGUGUCCGACACAGCAGAUGUGCGAUCACUCCGACUUGCCUUUUGAAAGAAUAAAACCAUGAUCAGUUUGGAGGAACUCGGAUUUCAUUCGGCUGAAAUCGCUGAGCUCCCGACAACAAAAUCUAUCACGUGAUUCAUAUCUCGUCCUCACCUGAGAGCUGCAGGGCCGCGAGGCGGCUCCAGGUGGACGGAAACCAUAUCAGCUCCUCACGCCCUCCUCCCCCUGAAAGGAAAAGAGAAACCCUGCACCCGCCCUGCACCCACACCUCUUCAUCCAUUUCUAAAAUCUUCUCCGGGAGAAACUGUGCAGUGCUUAAACAGAUCUAUUUUAAUACACGACACAACAUUUGAACAAAGAAAAAAAGUUAGAACAUUUUUAUAUUCUUUUAUCAA